GUUCGCUCCGUGCCUUGGCUCCGCCUCCGCCUCCCCCCAUUUCGAGGGCAGAUGGUACGUCCCUCUCUCCGGCCCAGCAUCCCGAGUGGCGCUCCCUGCUCCCGUGCUGCUCCUGCCCGGCCUUCCUACUCUCUCGGCCUCCAUCGCUGGGGCUUCCAGAGCUUCCAGAAAGGCUCCCGGGGAGGCCGAGCGCCUUCUCCCCCGCUCUCCGCUCCUCUCCUCCGGGUGGCAUGACGCUGUUCGGCACCGGCGAAGCGGGCUGGCGAUAUCUAGACAUGGCGCGGGAACCUAAGCUGAGCCAUACCAGACCUGGUCAGAAGAGGCAACAUGGUGGAGGCCUAUAUUCCUGUGACCUGGACUAUGACAUCUAUAAAGAUGAUUUGCCAUACAGAGUUUGUGAAUACCAAAAGAUCCCUCCUCUCAUCAGUCACAUUCCUGUCAAAACCAGGCGAAGCCACCUAGGGAAUGGGGGCAAGUCCAGCCUGGCCUCCCACACAGGGUCCAGAGGAAGCAGUUCCACAGCAGGCCACACAAAACUACGAGCAGAAGAGUUACACUCCAUCAAAGGGGAAUUAAGUCAGAUCAAAGUCCAGGUGGAUAACUUGCUGGAGAGCCUGGACCGAAUGGAUCAGCGACGAGACCACAAUGCAGGUUCCAAGGAAAGCAGUAAGAAAUCCAGAGUCAGUGGAGAGGCCUCAUGCCCUGCAGGGGACUUGGUCCAAAGGAAGGCAAGCACGGAAUAUGAUCCUCCAGCUGCUCAGCAGGAUAUUGACAGUGCAGAGGAGAGCACAGAUACUGAAGAAGCGGCAAGGAAUCACAUGCUGGACGCUGAAGGCAGCAACUGAAAAGACCUGAAGUACUCUGACCCCUUGCCUAGCAUUUCCUUUCCUGUGUGUUGUAUUUCUUCAAUGCCUCCAGCUGGUGCUAACAUUUGGCAUCAGUAACCUGUAAAUAAUGCUGGUGCAAAAAAUGUCCUCCACUCUCUCAUUAGCACCUUUAUCAGGUCUAACGGAGACUUAUUUGAUUUGUUGAGGGAGAAAAAGCUUGGUGUUCUGUGUUGGUGAAAACGUUUUAAAAUAUGCCAGUUGGCAAAUGGAGGAAGCAUUUGUACUCACAUAACAUUAAACAGAAAUAAAGCAGUAGCAAUCUUCUACAGUUAUAACGAAUUGGUUUUGUUUUAUUGGCAAGGAAAGUAUUUGGUCUGGAAAGUUACAAAGAGGCUAGAUUGCAUUAUAAUUGUAUCAUAACAAAGAAUGGCUUUGAAAUGUGUGCAUUUAUAAUGCUUAGGCAUGGCCUAUACUCCAAACCAUUGAGUUUUCUGCAUCUUAAUGUUAUUUUUAGUUGCAAGGCUGUCUUUUGAAAAAUUAAAACUAUAGCUAGGAUUCUG